AUGAAGAAAGUUCUAGCCACGAGUCAGAAGACCGUACAAAUUCAUGUGGAUGAGAAAAAUGAUCUGAAAGAAGGUUCUGAAAAAGACGAUGAUGAAGAGGAAGCCGAUGGUGAUGUGCAAGAACCUGAUCAAAGUGAUGAAUCGGUCGAGGAGGAUAACGGCUUGACAGAAAACCAAAAUCGACUUCUGUAUCUUGUUUCUAAAUACUCAAAGCCUGCUCUCUGUGCAUCUGACAAGGAAGAAUGGAUUCGGAAACCAGCGCUUCAAGUUUUGCUGUACGAAGCGAUUGUGUCCAAGGCACUUGAUUACGACUACGCACCAUCGUCCGAAUUGGUGGAGAAUAAACGCCGAUACCUGAACAUAACACAAGAGGGAAGAUCUGACCUCGAUUUCUUACGUGAAGAAGCUUUAGUGAAUGGAUUAAAACUCUCGUCCAAGAUUUACCAACCCGUGACAUGCUAUCAAAUUUCGGAGAAAGGUCUUGAACUCGUCGCAAAAAUGAGUAAGGCCGACAAAUUAGUGAUCAAUGAUAUUGUAUACGCUCCAGGCACAUUGCACUUGUUGCGAGUAGAAUGGGAAAAAGAGGAAUACUGGCUUGUGGAUAAAGAAAGUGGGUAUCGCCGUCUCUCGUCCGUAACUGAAACGGAAGAUGUAUCGUACGUCUCGAGUGCGUAUAUUCCGCAAUGUCUGCGUCUUGGUGGACGUCCGACACUAAGUAAUGCACAUCGAGCUCACGAGUGUGGAGUAAGCGAUUCCUGCAUUCGGGACCGACUCGAUGAAAUUAUCACACUGAACUCAGUUUCUCUAAUCGUGGCUGAGUAUAUUCCAUUUGGCUCGAACCAAAUAGUACAACUAAACUGCAAUUUUGGAUCUACUGAACGUGUCCAGGGCGGAUUUCUUACGGCUAUUGCAGACAAUGAUACAAGUGGGACACAAAUUUCGGUGGAUCCCGGGCUUACGUCAAUAAAUAUUUUGGAUUACACCAUGACCAAUCACGUCAAUUUUGAAGCGGAUAUUCACUUUCCGGAAGCUCCUGGAGUAGUGCAAGUUGAAACUUUUGGCUGUUCACUUUCAGCAUCAGGGUUUUGUUUAUACGGCAUGCAAGUGGAAGCUAUCACAGACCACAUUAAAGACAAUAUUUCGUUAGAUCACCUAUCUCGACUGCUCGUGGACGUUCACAUGGACUCUUCCAAGAUUGUUGAUACUGUUCUGUCAGCGUAUCAACGUUCCCUCCUUUGUCUGAUCUAUUCGAACCAAGCAGCUUGUCGCAACAAGAUUAACCUCAUCAUUGCAAAUGAGAUCACACCCCAUUUAACAGCAGAAGAGUAUAUGGAUAAAGGAGAGUACGAGAAUGAAGUUAAGCAAGUGAUAGGCGAUGCUCGUGCUGCCUUUGACAUUAGUGAGCAGGAUACUCUCGUCUUUGGAGCCUAUGGAUUGCUUAUUGCUGGUCCGAAUAGCAGACGUCAUGAACCAUUAUUGUGCAGUUUUCUCCAAUUCGAGUCUAUGAACUUAUUUACUCAAAACUUUUUUGCUCGAAUGUUCAUCAUCAUUGAUGACAUGGCACAAGUGCGAGCGCUAAUUGAGACAGCGGAAAAGGACCCGAACAGAUUGCGUAGCAUUCGAAAUCAGCUUGCUACACUUUCGAAAGAAAUCAUUCUGAUGGAAGAAAUACUUUGUCAUCUCGAGGAAUCGCUGAAUGAAGCGACUAUACCAACUGAGCCGCCGGGUCAAGCAGGUCGAAGUCUUUACGAGCAACUCCAACUUGAAAUUUUGAGUCAUCAACUUAAGCGUCGAGUGAGGGAAUUACACAAAAACAUGAAUGGGGCUCGCCACGAACUCGCAGUUCUGAAUGAAAUGGCAAACAUCGUCUCCAAUGAGAAGAAUUUCCAACAGAAUGAGGCUAUCCGCAUGAACACUCGAACUUUGCGCGAAUUACAAGAAAUUAACGAGCGAUCAGCUUCGACUCUCAUGAUAAUGAAGAUGAUGUUGAGCGGUCUACUGGCUUUCAAUCUCCUUGAUCGUAUCACGGGUACCUGGACUGUAACCGAUCAAGAGUGGAUUAGGGGCUUUGUUAAGGUCAUGAUCUAUAACAACGCGGGGUUAUGGUUCUUUUUUAGCCUUGUGGCCUGGGUGAUUGUAGGGACUGGUAUGAUUUAUCUGCUGCGGUAUUUUACUUAUAAAUCGCGAGGUGUUGUAUCGAUCAAAGUUGAGCACAAAGUUUCUAUACAUCUGAAGAAUCUUAGCAGAUAUUUACAAGACAAAGUUCUUCAGAAUGAAUCACAUCAAUAUGAAGGUGGAGUUCGCAUUGCAAAAGUAAUUUGGGAAGAAAAGGACAAGAAAGAAUGGGGUGGUUCUGCUCCUGUCAUCGAGAUUGAAUAUGAUGAACAGAAUGCUUUUAUGUUACAAAUAACAAUAUCAUACAAAAAACGCCAGGCCGUGAAAACACUCGCGUUCAAUGCCAACGAACUGUACACGCAUUUAAUACAAGAAAUGGACAAGGCACGUAUUUUCGUAUAA